GGCAGCGGCGGCGGCGGCGGCUCGCGCAGCUCGUUGGCUCACUAUAUAAAGGGGAGAAGCGGGCGGACCGGACGGCUGGAGCUGCAGCCGGUGGCGGCAGCGGCGGCGCGGGGAGCGGCGACCGGUGGUGGUUUCCCUCCUGGGCGCGGGGUGGGGAGCGGGCAACGCCCCCCGGACCCCUGAAGGGUCCUGGCUUUUUUUUUUUAAGGGCGAUUCUCGAGGUUUUUAGCUCCGGGAGGACUGCCCCCCUCCUCCUCCUUCUCCCCUCCUCCUCCUCUCACCGCUCCCCUGCACUCCUUCAGGAUCCGAUUUUGUUGAAAAAUUUUUCCCCAUCUUGCGGUGGCUUGGGUCACCGCCCGGGUGUUUUGGUUUUUGCUUUUGCUUUUUUUUUGGUUUUGUUUUGAUCUUGUUUUCUCGGGGUUGCCCCCCUCUUGUUUGUGUUGUGUGUGGAAAUGGCGAACUCGGCAAAUACAAACACCGUGCCUAAAUUAUACAGAUCUGUGAUUGAAGAUGUUAUUAAUGAUGUGAGAGACAUCUUUUUGGAUGAUGGAGUCGAUGAACAAGUUCUGAUGGAACUAAAAACUUUAUGGGAGAAUAAACUAAUGCAAUCUAGGGCAGUAGAUGGAUUUCAUUCAGAAGAGCAGCAGCUUUUAUUGCAAGUUCAACAGCAGCAUCAACCCCAGCAGCAGCAGCAUCACCACCACCACCACCAUCAGCAAGCUCAACCACAGCAGACAGUGCCUCAGCAAGCACAGACCCAGCAGGUCCUUAUUCCUGCAUCACAACAAGCUGCAGCACCUCAAGUUAUUGUUCCUGAUUCGAAGCUGAUACAACACAUGAAUGCAUCAAACAUGAGUGCUGCUGCUACUGCUGCUACCUUGGCACUCCCUGCAGGUGUGACUCCUGUUCAACAGAUAUUAACAAAUUCCGGCCAGCUUCUUCAAGUGGUCAGAGCAGCCAAUGGUGCCCAGUAUAUCUUUCAGCCUCAGCAGUCAGUGGUUCUGCAACAGCAGGUUAUACCACAAAUGCAGCCUGGUGGAGUACAAGCUCCUGUUAUCCAGCAGGUACUGGCCCCACUUCCGGGAGGAAUUUCACCACAGACAGGUGUCAUCAUCCAGCCUCAGCAAAUCUUAUUUACAGGAAAUAAGACUCAAGUUAUACCCACAACGGUGGCGGCUCCUACACCAGCGCAAGCACAGAUAACUGCAACUGGCCAACAGCAGCCACAGGCCCAGCCUGCUCAACAGCAAGCUCCAUUGGUGUUACAAGUUGAUGGAACUGGGGAUACAUCAUCUGAAGAAGAUGAAGAUGAAGAAGAAGACUAUGAUGAUGAUGAGGAGGAAGACAAAGAGAAAGAUGGAGCUGAAGAUGGGCAGGUAGAAGAAGAGCCCCUCAAUAGUGAAGAUGAUGUUAGUGAUGAAGAAGGACAGGAACUCUUUGAUACAGAAAAUGUUGUUGUAUGCCAGUAUGAUAAGAUACACAGAAGUAAAAACAAAUGGAAAUUUCAUCUCAAGGAUGGCAUUAUGAAUCUUAACGGAAGAGAUUAUAUAUUUUCCAAAGCCAUUGGAGAUGCAGAAUGGUGAAGAGUUGGUUCUGUUCUUUUAUAAAUAAAACAAAACAAACUUAAAAAAAUUUUAAAGUGGACAGUUUGAAACUUGGGUCAUACACCAACGAAAACUUAACUUCUGCAUGUCAGAAAAGUGCAGUAGAAGCAAAGCUACCGGAACAAAGAGACCUUGACAACAUAGACACUACUUCUAACUGGCAAGCCAUGGAACUGUAGCACCUGGGGUUGUUGGGGGUGGGGAGGGUUGGGGUUUUGUGUAGGAAAACCAUAAUUGUCGAUUUUAAAUACAGGUACCUGCCACCAAUAAUUAGCAUGUAAAGCUAUGUCUAUAUUCCUUCCUCCAACUUGGGUUCAGUCAGAAGAUACUUGUUGGAAUGAACUGAAGAAACUUCCCUUUUGAUAGAUUGAACUGAAACUGUUUAUUGUAUGUGGUUAUAUUUGGUAAAAAUGGCGUGUGAGCUUUUUACAAAAGGGUAAGAAUUAUGAUGUUGGAUUUUAAUUCACUUGUUCAAGGAAACAAUUUAGAAACUCUCAUAGUAGGUCUUAAAUAUUUUUACUUACUAUUUUCUCUCAGUAAUAUAUACCUCUUCCUUCCCUGCUUUAUGAAACAUCUAUUAAAGAGUUAAAGGAAGUAAUCAGUGAUCACAGUUUGGAGACAAAAUUUGACCCAGGAAUCGAUAUAUAUUUUAAUUAGGUUUCAUACUCAUUAAAUGUAGUUUAAAGACUUGGGUCUCAUCUGAGUUGAGCAGAAUUAAAAUGACAACUUCAGUUUCCUUACAGAAAAACGUAUUUGUUUCUUUUAGUCUGACACCUUAAAAAGAAACCUCAAAGUGGCUCCUCAGGAAUAUGAUUUUAUUUCACAAACGUACCAUCUAGCAGAAAUAAUACACAUAUAGGUAGAUACAGAUUUUUUUCCUCUUGGGCUGAAGUGUAUGCUUAUAUAUGUGUUUAGUUUUUAAGCUAAACAAAAAUUCAGUUAACAUUCUGUGCAUUGAUUAGAGCAUUGGAGAGGUGGUGAGGACCUGGAUUUUUAUUAAACAAUUUAGUAAUUAUAAAAAUUUCUUGUGUUUACUAGUAAAUAAUUUAAAAACUAUUAUUCUAAUUGAACACAUUUUUUUAAAUGCAACUUUGUAAUUUGAGGGGAAAACUUUGUUGUUAGAGGGGGGUGGGCCACUAAAUACAUAUUUACCUCUCUUUCAUUUGGUGGCCCUUCCAGGCCAUUGAUAAUAUAGAUGUGGGCUCCAGUUUGCACAUCGAGAAGAAAGCAUAGAAAUUUGAUUUGUAUAUUAAAAAUAAUAGAAAUUUAAUAUGUAUAUUAAGAAUGCAUAGCUCUGUAUUCUGUAAUGGGCUCUAAAGAACAAUAUGGCAGUGCUAUGUUCAGUGUGAACUAGUUGCCUGGGAAAUCUGUAGGAGCACUUCUCUUUAUCUUUGUGUUCUUACAACUACUUCUUUUCAUGGUUUAUCUUGACAAAAUUCACAUGUGUUUAAGUUACUUGUAUAUUGAAUUUUUUUUGUCUUCCAUUUUUGUCUUCCUUUUAUUUGCCCUUGUGUGUGUUUCCAGAACUAACAUAGAAACACUUUAAAGUACAUUACAAAGAAAAACUGUGAGCUCUUAUAUGUUGUUUUUUAACACAAAUCCUUAAACUUCUCAAAAAGGCUAAUCAUUUUUUUUUUGUUGCCUGCUUGCCACCCUGCAUACCAACUUGGUCCCUUUAACUUAUGUUCUGAACUUUGGCAUAAAUGCUGGUUUCUAGCAUGCUAGUAGUUAGGUUUUAUUUAGAUGCCAUAACUGGUAAUACGGUUUUUAUUUUCACUAUAUUAAUUUAGUUUUUUGGAGGGGAGGUUUAUUUGUUUACCCUACUACUCUUUAAGCACACAAAGGUUUUUUCGUUUUUGUUAAUGAGACUGGGAGAAGAGAAGGGAGGGGGUGAAAUCACGGAAGUCCUGUCGUUCAAUUGUCCUUCAGUGUAGUUGCAGUAGGUUUAUAUUUACUCAAUGAAGAAGUCAAUGACCUGAACUACCUAUAAAAGUUUAGCAGUGCUGCAGUGUUGAUUGAAACCCUUUGGCUUUCUAGUAGUUCCUGUGCUACUGACUGUGGAUUACUAUAUGAUAUUCAGCUCGUGUUUUGGGCCCUCUAUGUAGACAAACAUUUGUAUUCAUGGUAGAAUUGUAUACUAGCCUGUUUUUAUAACAUUUUUGAACAUGAACAACCGUUGCUUUCAGAGUGACUCAACUAGGGUUAUUUUGAAGCAGGAAAUAACCAUUUGUAUUUGCACCUGUGAAUUGCAUAUUAAUUAUGGCAUACUUGGCAGAUGCUUUUCUUUUACCUGUGAAAAUUCUGAAAGCUGGUCCAAACAACACUGCAUACCAAAUUGUGCUCUUAUAUGUAUUACUGCAUCCUGUUCCUUUUUAAUCAAAUAGCAUGUCUUAGUUUUGUUAUAGUGGCUUGCUAUAAGAAUGCCACUUGCUUAUCUUUUAUUGUACUUGCAUUCUUAAUCAUGUUUUUAACAUUGUAUUUAGCAAAUCAUUUCAUUAGGUUCUAUAAAAAUGUCAUUCCUUUGAAAAGGCAAGGAUUCCCACUUUCAGAAUUUUAAAAUGAAAAUAGCUUGUUUAUUCAAAGAGGGAAGAGAGUUCAGACUUGGUAUUGUGAAAAUAAGUAAAGGUUUCCGGAGAGGAGUUGUUUAGAUUUGCACAGAUGGUGAUGGCACCUUUUAUUUUAAAAAAAGAUUAACAUGUAUCAACAGUGCUAAGGAAAAUUUACACAAAAUGACUAAAGUGUGGAAAUGUGUGCCUUUCAGUAUAUGUACUCUUUUUUUGGUGGUCAUUUGGAUAAUCAGACCAUUUGAAUGCCUGAGAGCACAUUUAAUUUCUGUGGAGAGCCACAUUUGGCUAAAACAACUCUUUAAUGUGCAAUUAGUUUCUAGAGUAAAAUGUCUGUUAUAUGAAGGGGAUCUUUAUAUUGGGCUUUUAUAUUUUUUUAAAUGUUCACAUUUCUUUUUGUUAAUCAAAUGCCAUCAUAAUAGCACAUUUAUAUUGUUGCCUCUCUUAAAAUCAAAGCCACCUUAAUGUUACUCUUCUAGGAAUCCAUCAAGAGUUGAGCAGCAUGUAUAGUGAUUAAAUAUGUCCUUGAAGAGCAUAUUCUAAUAGAUUCUGGUUUUAGACAGCAAGAACAUAAAAACAGCUUUUGUGUAAAGAUUUUCUUUUGCUAUAGUGAAAAUCAAGGAUUUGGUUUUCUUAUUUUUUCUGGCUUUUAUGGAGGAAUGAAAAGGGUUGUCUCUAAGAGUAAUUUUUGAUUAUCUUAUAGCAAUAAUAUCACCAUUCUUUUCAGAAGGUAAAUACGCCUUGUACAGGAAACAGAUGUAAUUUCCUCUUGGGAGUUCCCUUUAUGACUUAGCAUUUUCUUCCACUUGAGAAAAUUCCUAUAUUUUCAGAUUAUUUCAUCUUGAACUUUUUUGAGCUUUUGUGCAAUGUAAUAUUUUAUUAAUUCAUCUUUGUACAUUUUCAUUUUAUUUCAUGUCUGUCUCUCACCUGUCUGAAUCAGCUAUUUCAGAUUUUGAAUUCAUUGGUUAAAGAAGAGUUGCUUUAUAUAUUUCCUCAUGAGUUUAUGUUAAACAGUUUUGCGUUUUAAUCUAUUAUGCUAUGGAAAUUAUUCUGAAGUUUAUAUUCCCUUUUUAAGCCUGCCUUAGUCUAUCUUCUGUCAUUUUUAUGGUUUAAGGAAGAACACAUCGAAUUUAAUAUUUUUGUUUAUUUUGUGGAACAAGAGAGACUUUUUUUUCUUCUCUUUUAAGGGAAGAACUACAUUGAGUUAGUAACUGCUAUUUCAGUCAAGGUUCCUUAAAUCAGUCCAGUAUGUGUCAGGGCUACAAUUCUGGGGGAGAGACUAAUCUUUUUUGCUGUUCUGAGCUACUAUUGUCAACUGCUGUUGUACAUACUGUUAUGUGUAAGGGCGUAAAUAUAUUUAUUAUGUUUGUAAAAUUCAUUCUGUACAAUUGCAGAUCAAGGUUGCUCUUCUGUGAUAUAUGGGAUAUUAUGUUUUAAAGACCAUCUUGGAAUACAAUUAGAGAACUUAGUAUUUUGAUGUACUAAGACCUAUUUUAAGUUUAAUAUUUUACCUUUGCAAAAACUUUAAUUAAAGAUGUUAUUUAAAAAAAUGUUGCUUGCUUUGCUUACUAGUGUAUAACAUUGUUAUAUAGAUAACUGAAUAAAACCAUGCAGGUUAGCAAGGAAAAUGCUUUAUAUUGUU